AUGGCAUCGAACGCAUCUGCGAAUAGCCUGGUCCGCUGGGUCCAGGACAACCGCUUUGCCGUGGCAGCAAUUGCCGCUACGGUGACGGCUCUUAGUGCGGCUGGCCUGCUGUACCUGUCGACCAGCUCGUCGGCGCCCCGCCCGGCAACGGAUACCAAGGGCCCCAGCUCGUCCUCGAAGAAGAAACGAGCGAAGAAGACCAAGAAGGCCAAGGCGAGCACUUCGGGCAGUGGCCCCAUUUUGGAUGACGCAACCGAUGAGCAGCUGGCAGGCCUGAGCCUUGAGGAGCUGCAGCGCCUUCCGCAGGAGAAGAAGGAGUCCGUGGCGCAGCAUCUCAAGAACCUCGGCAACAAGGCCUACUCCAAUAAGAAGUACGAAGAAGCCAUUGGGCACUACACCAAGGCUAUCGGUGCAGUGCCCUCGGCCGUGUUCUACAGCAACCGCGCCGCGUGCUACUCGAACCUCGGUCAGCCGAGCAAGGUGAUCGACGACUGCAACGAGGCUCUUAAGCUCGAGCGCACGUAUAUCAAGGCGCUCAACCGCCGUGCAGUAGCAUCUGAGCAGCUCGGUGAGGCGUGUGACGCGCCGGGCGACGAAGGCGACAAGGCGCGUGCGCACAUGGAGCAGAGUCUGACUGACUUUACCGCGGUGGCGAUCCUCGGCCACUUCCGCGACGCCGGUGCCACGACCAGCGUGGAGCGCGUGCUCAAGAAACUUGCGUCCGGCAAGGCUAAGCUCAUCCUGAGUACGCGCGAGCCGCGCCUGCCGAGCCCGACAUUUGUUACCGCCUAUUUCGAGGCGUUCCGUCCCAAGGCUCCGCCGGCGAUCGCAGACGAUGCGCCGCAGGGUGACCGCACGCUCAAGGCGGCCUUCGGGGCAGUUGAAGCGCGUGACUAUCCCCAUGCGCUCUCGCUCGUGGGCGAGGCACUGGAGCAGGGUCUCUCGACCAAGGAGCUGCAGGCGGCUGCCCACAAUUUGUCGGGCACGUUCCACUUUGUGAUCGGCCAGACGGCCAAGUCGCUGAGCGAUCUGGACAAGUGCACGGAGUUGUGCCCUGACCUGGUGCAGGCGUGGGUGAAGAAGGCCAGCGUGCACAUGGAGCUGGGCGACAAGGAUGCCGCGUUCCACGACUUUGAGCGCGCGGUGGCCAUCAACCCCGACGACCCCGACAUUUACUACCACCGGGGUCAGGUCCACUUUAUUCUUGGCGAGUUUAACGAGGCAAUCCGCGACUAUGAAAAGUCGACGUCGCUCGAUGACACCUUCAUAUACUCGCAGGUGCAGCACGCGGUGGCCAACUACAAGCUGGGUAACAUUGCCAAGAGCACGGCUGCAUUCCGCCGCAUCCUCAAGUCGUUUGAAACUGCGCCGGAGGCGCACAACUACUAUGGUGAGCUCCUGCUUGACCAGCAGCGCCACGAAGAUGCGCUCGCCCACUUUGACAAGAGCAUCGAGCUGGAGCGUAAGAGGAACUCGACCAACGUGCUUGCGAUGAUCAACAAGGCACUCGUCCUCUUCCAGUGGAAGCAGGACCUCGGCGGCGCGGAGCAGCUGUGUCGCGAUGCUCUUAAGAUCGACCCUGACUGCGACGUGGCCAUUGCCACCCUCGCCCAGCUGAGCCUGCAGCAGAGCAAGAUUCCUGAGGCUAUCCAGUACUUCCGUCGCUCUGCCGAUGUCGCACGCACAGAGCCUGAGCUCGUGAACGCCAUUACAUACGAGUUUGCGUCGCGCGCCCAGCUGCAAUUUGUGAAGGACUACCCGGAACAGGGCGCAGCGCUGAGUCAAAUGGCCAGCUCGCUCAUGUAG